UUAUCAAAUCAUCAUAUCAUCAUAUUUAAGCAUCUUGUACAUACCUUUUAUUUGCCUUAUACAUCUUGAUACUGUGAGUGUGUGAGUAUUCAAUCAACUAAUUAACUAAUCAACUCAAAUCAAAUCAUUUUAAACAUAGAGUUUUAUACAACAUGGCUCCUGCUAAUAUCGAAGUUCCAACUCUACCAAUACCGGGUGAAAGAACUCAACCUCAAACUAUAGAUAUGAGUCAACAACAACAACAAUACAACUAUACUGGUCAUUUACAACGUAAGAAGGCUCCAGAAGGGUCAGCCGAAUACUACUUUGAUCAAGCUAGUCAAUGGGUUGGAAAUCAUCCAUGGUUAACUGGGAUAGGAGUGUUAGGAGUAGUUUAUAUUGCUGCUGGUAGAGUUAAAUCAAAUCAACCUGGUGUUCAUGGUAAAGCUUUCAUUAAAGGUCCUUUCGGUCAAAAGAUGACUGCUAAGGAAGCUUUACAAAUAUUGAAUUUAAAAGAAACUAAUUUAUCAAAAGCUAAAUUAAAAGAACAACAUAGAAAAUUAAUGAUGGCUAAUCAUCCUGAUAAAGGUGGAUCUGCAUUCUUAGCUACCAAAGUGAAUGAAGCUAAAGAUUUCUUAGAUAAAAGAGGUGGUAUGAAAGCUAAAUAAGUACGUGAUUGAUUAAGUUAUUAGAAUAUAAUAAUAUUGGAAAUAUAAAAAAUAAAGUGUACAAUGGAACUUUAAAAACAAAAGAGAGUGUUAUCAUUACUUCAUGAUCUUGAUUAUUAUUCAUUACAUAGAGAUAAUUUGUAAAUAGCAUAUAUGUAUUUGAUUAAUAAAUAACAUUAUAAUGUGU